AUAUUUAGUAUUGUCGGCCGACAUUUAAGGUUAUAUAAGAAUUGUCACUCUUCAUUUGAAACUGGUUUGUCCGCGGUGUUGAAGCUGUACAGAUUUAUAGCUAUUCCCGAAAUACAACAGGUGGGAAAGAUGUCCGGAAAAGUGAUUCUGCACUACGUAAAUGGGAGAGGGAGAAUGGAGUCAAUCCGCUGGCUUCUGACGGUUGCAGAGGUGGAGUUUGAUGAGAUGUAUCUGACAACCCAUGAGCAGCUUCAGAAACUCAUCAGCGAUGGAGAGCUCAUGUUUCAACAGGUUCCCAUGGUGGAAAUCGAUGGCAUGAAACUUGUCCAGACUAAGGCAAUCUUGAAGUACAUUGCAGAAAAGUACAAUCUUCAUGGAAAAGAUCUCAAAGAACGUGUCAUGAUCGACAUGUACUCAGAGGGACUGAUGGAUCUCAUGGAAAUGAUAAUGAUAGCACCUUUCAGCCAAGAUCCAAAACCAAAACUGGACAACGUUCAAACUAAAGCAAAACAACGCUAUCUCCCUGUGUUUGAAAAGGCGCUGACCGGGCCUGUGCACCUGGUGGGAGGUAAAAUAAGUUGUGCAGAUGUGCUGCUGCUUGAAUGCACCUUGAUGUUGGAGGAGAAAUUUACUGGAAUUCUCGCUGAUUUUCCCAACAUCAAGGCUUUCCAGGGCAGAAUGAUUCAGAUUCCCGCCAUCAACAGGUUCCUGCAGCCAGGCAGCAAGAGGAAGCCACCGCCAGAUGAAAACUACGUGAAGAUGGUCAUGAAGGUGUUCAACUUAGGCAGUUUGCCUUUUUGAUUUUGAUUAAUUCUGAAAAAGCUCUGGCAUAUUCCUCACACAGGCACUGUGAAUGGUUAAUUAUGCAGUCAUAUGACAUACAAAGGUACAGAUCAAUUCUAUGUGCUGGUUUAUCAGAUGAAUACUGCGCUGCCUGUCUCAAAACAUAUUUAGCAGGACAGAGAUGUCUAAUGUAUGUGGUUUAAUGUGAAAAUUCUACUAAAUAAAUCACAAUUUUGAUGAACACUGGA